AAAUUCCAGAUCACGAUUAUGGGAAAUUACAAUUAACAAUUGAAGAUUGUUUACUUGAACAAAAGUUGCAGGUUCGUUAAAUAAAGAUGCCAAAUAUGAAAUGGUUACAUUUGCCCUUUUCUCUUUCGAUCAACUUUUAUUAUAGUUAAGUGUUGAGUUUUCUGCAACAUAGGUAUACAGUGAAAUGUUGUAGACGUGUAGAUACUACGUGGAGAAACCACACCGAAGUGGACCAAUCUGAUGCAGUAUUGUUUUGUAGGUUGUACCAGCAAUGGUGAAGAAAACCAUUCAACUGUAUGAAACAAUGUUGGUGCGUCAUGGUGUUAUGUUGGUUGGACCAACUGGUGGUGGAAAAACUACUUGUUAUGAGGUAACAUCGCUGCCAUCUUUUUCAUCGCUAUUUCAAGAACAAUGUACAGUCAUCCAAAGAAUUCCCGCCUUGUCGGACGAUAGAAAAGAUAAAGCUAUUAAUUGAUUUUCUAUUUUCAUUACUAUAGACUCUGAAGAUGACUCUAACAAGUCUACAUGCACAAGGAAUCGACGAUCCUGAUUAUUUACCAGUGCAUACUUACGUUCUUAACCCUAAGGUAAUGACUGGAAUUAUUUUGAGUACGUUUCAUCGCUGCACUGUUUUAUGCAAUAGAUAUAUUGCAUAAAACUACACGUAAGAUAUUGAAUUUCUUUUGUGUUUUCCUUUAAGUCUAUCAGUAUGGGCGAACUGUAUGGAGAGGUGAAUAAAUUGACUUUAGAGUGGCAAGAUGGGUUGAUGGCUUUAACAGUACGUCAAUGUGUUCAGGUAAGUUUGUAAAAUAAUUAGCCAGCUCAGAAACAAACCACGGCAGUUUAUUGUAGUCAUUAAGUUAUUAUUUAAGGCUUGUUUACACUGUCGAAGUUGUUAAAUAUUGACCCAAACUUUUCUUAGAAAUCCUUCAAAACAUUGAAUUUACCAAAUUCAAAAUUCCUAACUGUAAUCACAGAAACUUAGCACAUAUAUAGCGUUGUAAACCUAUACUUCUUAGUCUCUUAGUUUAUAAUAAAGUGUUUUUUUAAACAAUAGUUUCUGGCCUCAGAAACUCAGUACUUUCUGGCCUCGGAAACUCUGUAGUUUCUGGCCUUUAAUUCAUUUUCCCCAUUUGUUGCGCAGGACACCUCUGAAGACCACAAAUGGAUCGUUUGUGAUGGUCCAGUCGACGCUCUGUGGAUAGAAAACAUGAACACUGUCCUAGAUGACAAUAAAAUGCUUUGCCUUGCCAAUAGUGAACGUAUCAAACUUAAUGCUACCAUUCACAUGUUGUUUGAAGUACAAGAUCUGGCUGUUGCAUCUCCGGCUACUGUUAGCAGGUAUAGGAAUGUGGUACAAAAAUUAUCUAUAUGCUCUUUGAGAUAUUCGUGAUCAUUAAGGCCCAUUGGACAUUGUUCUUUUUUAGAUGUGGUAUGGUAUACGUUGAUCCAGGUCAGCUGGGCUGGAAGCCUUACGUCACCUCCUGGUUGCAACGAGUUGGCGGGAAAUUAAAAGAAGAUGCUCAGGUAAACCCCCACUAGCAUAUUACGGCAAUCUGUGACAAUAAAAAAUGCUUUGUUUGCUGUUGACACAUUGUUUAUACCUUUUGUUGUCUAGGAGUAUUUGAUGAAUCUUUUCGACACUUACGUCGAUGUUGGAUUGAAUUUUGUUUCAAAG